ACUCAGGAGAGCUCUGCCUUACCCCUCACUGGAGUAGAAGAGCUGGAGCAGCCAGUAAACAAUGACAAUGGUGACAAUCCAGUUGCUGAUCAUCAAGAGUGGCCAAUGGAAAUGGGGAAUAGGCAGUUUAACAUCAGAGAGAAGCGGUCUCCUGUUAAAUGCACUCCUUACUGCUACCCGACUGGUGACGGCGUCUUCUGUGGUGUCCGCUGCGACUUCUGCUGUUGACCUCCUCAACAACCACCUAACAUUACAAUGUUACACUUUUUCCUCUUACAGCUAGUUCACUAUUUUACUACUUGCUUUACCGG